AUGCAGGACCCCAAGACAGGCACUACCGAAGAGGUUGGGGAGAAGAUCGAAGUGGGAGUCGUCCAGGAACCUGUUCAAGACAGCAUUUUAAAGGCAGACUUGAGCGAAGAUGAUGGCGAGGUCUUCAAGAGUCACACUGGCGUGGCUGAGUUUCGUGCUUUGGGAUGGAUUCGCACGGGUAUUAUCCUCAUCAAGCUCUGCUUCGCAACGGGUGUAUUGUCAAUCCCCUAUGCCCUCAACGUGACCGGCUAUGGACCCGGCAUUUGCAUCCUUUUCGGUUUUGGCUCCCUGACGACCUAUUACGCCUAUGUCAUGUUUCUCUUCCGCAUGAAAUAUCGCGGAGUGCACAACAUCGCCGAUGCCGCCGCCAUCAUGGGUGGUCCUGUUGCUCGCGAGGUCGCGGGCGGCUUGUUCCUGUUGACUUGGAUCUUGGCCGCCGGCUCAGGAUUUAUUGGGUUGGCGCAAGGACUGAAGGUUCUCGCGAAUGGCAAAGCAUGUACGGUCGUCUGGACAGUGGUUGCUGCCAUAAGUACCGGACUGGUCUCCAGCAUCCGAACACUGAACAAACUGACCGUCUUGACCUGGAUUGGGUUUGCGUCCAUCUUUACGGCGGUGUUCAUUGUUGUUGUCGGCGUUACACAAGUCUCCAGGCCAGGUGCAGCACCAAAGACCGGUCCAUUCGAUCUGGGUGUGAUCGCCGUUGGGUCGCCAGGUUUUGUCGCUGGGCUUACUGCAACACUCAACCUCUUCUCUGGUUACGGCGCCACCCCAACGUUCAUGCCUGUCAUUGCGGAAAUGAGAAGACCUAAAUCUUUUCCGAAGGCUCUAUUCAGCUCGCAAGCUUUCUUGUCAAUCUGCUACAUCAUCUUCGGCACUGUUGUUUAUGUCUACUGCGGUCAAUAUGUGGCCAGUCCGUCCCUAGCAAGUGCCGGCGGUACGAUCGAGAAGAUUUCCUUUGGUAUCUCCAUUCCUGGAUUUAUCAUGACCUCUACCUUAUGGGUCCACCUCGCUGCCAAGUUUCUUUUCGUCAAAAUACUGCGGAACUCGCCUCACUUACAGAGCAACAGCGUCAUUCACUGGAGCACCUGGCUAUGCUCAACCCUUGGGCUCACAUUGUUAUCCUUCAUUGUGGCCGAAGCCAUCCCCUUCUUCAGCUUUCUCCUCGGCCUAAUUGGAUCCCUCUGCUGUGCUCCGACUUGCCUCAUCAUUCCAGCCUUCAUGGGGCUUUACAUGGACCGAGGCAACCACGGAGCCAACUGGAAGAAAAGGGCCGUGUGCGGGCUGCACCUUGCGGUGAUUGCCCUCGGCUCCUUUCUCGCCGUGGCUGGAACGUAUACCACCAUCAAAAGCAUUGUCGACGCCUACAACGAUGGCACCGUGGGAGGGGCUUUCAGCUGCGCCUAA